AUGGAAGUUGAAGAACAAAGAAAAUCAGACCUUUUAGAGAGACAAAAUCAAGUCAUUACAAAUCUGAAUGAACUAUCGCAGAGAUUAAACAAUCUGAUACCAAGACAAGAGAUAACAGAGAUUCAAAAACAUGUUGCAGACUAUACAUCUUCAAUUGACUUGAAAUUUAAAUUACAAAGAGUACCAUCACCUUAUUAUACAUGGACAUUGGAGCAGAGAGCAAACUAUUUAGGUGCACCAUCGAAGCAAUAUCUAUGUAAGAGUAUCAUCAUGGAGAAUACCGAGUGUGUCAAUCAAGACAUGUCCGAUCCAUUCAACAGUCGAUACUAUCUGGUGAUCAUACAGUAUACCACCAAGAUUCAGAAUCAAAAGGUUCUGAAAUUCGUAAAGUCAUUGCAAUCACAAUCAUCGUCAUCGACAGCAGUCUCUGGUGCCAACUACCGAUUCACAUUGGCACAGUCAGAGGCAUCACAUGCAAUGACUGGCUUCGAAUACAACGCAGUCUGUCCGAUUGCAACCAAAGUAAACAUACCCAUUGUCAUAUCGAAAUCAAUCUUUUCCUUACCAAAUCCAACUGUUUGGCUGGGCGGUGGUGAAACCGAUCUCAAACUUGUUGUAGACAUCAACGAAUUCAAAGAAAAAGUAGAAAACAAUGCUAAAAAUCAUGUAUUCAUUGCAGAUGUGGUUUAUGAUCAACAAUCGACAACAACAUCAAAUAAUAAUAACAACAAUGAUGGAGAAGAAUAA